UCUUUAUAUUAUCCUCAUCCUCAUUUAUUUGUCCGGACCGAGAUAUCACAGCAAUCGGUAAGGGAAACACGAUUCGUAUUCAAUAGGACGGAGCUGUCAUCGGGUUGAGCAGACGGACCCAGCCUGCUGGGGAUCUCCGCCAACAAUGAUACCGUCCAAUGUGCAAUUAUACUGCGCCUCCACCUAGGCUGACCUGCAGCCAAUGAGACGCGACUGAUUUUCCUAAUUUAGUGCAUCAACACUUGGUUUAACGAUGCCAACCAACCCAAAGAAGCCAACGUUUUGCUUCUUCUAAUCGAACACACUGCCACGGCAGCCGUGGAUACUAUCAUGCAUUAUCGGCCCCCGUAUCUUUAGCUUGAAUAUAUGCAUUUUUGCUGAUCGUUGGACGUUUGUGGCUUAUUAUGGACGCUUGUGUUCCAUCCUCCCAUCAGGGCUCUACCCAGCACCAGGUUUGCGUAUCCCUUGGCAGAAGGGGGGAGACAAGGAAACAAGCAAACUCAUAAGAUGUUGGUUGCUGCCGUAACAAUCCCAGGGGAUUGGUCUCGUCCUUAGUUCUGUCCAUUGCUUUUCAACUUUUCUUUCUUUAGUGGCCAACCUUUUGGUCUAUAAUUCUUAAUUCUCCAUCUACCUAAUAACUCAUUCCCCCAAAUGUCGACAACUCGCGCCGACCUCGGGCUCUCCUGCCCGGCCAAGGGUAAAUUCUACGUAUGCGACUCUGCAAAGAUCCGUUUUAUCGGAUGCUGCACUAUCGACCCGUGUGCGGAUGGUAGCGGGAAUUGCCCUUCGGCCAAUCUAGCAUCGGCAAGCUUUUCAUCAGAUCAUUACGACAGUAUACCAGCACAAAAUUGCGCCCCGCCUAGAAAUGUCACCAGGUGGUUUACUUGCAAGAGUUCACAACCCUUCUUGGGAUGCUGCGGUGAUGAUCCAUGCGCGAAUAGCGGAUGCCCAGCAGGACAACUUCUUCCAGCAACUUUGAGCGACGACCCUACCAAUGCCCAAGUCUUUCUAACUACGACAUCGUCUUCUCCCAGUCCAAGUUCGACACCUUCAGGUUCUUCUGGUUAUAGUCUUCCAUUAGGCGCGAUUCUUGGUAUCGCUCUCGGAGGCGCCGCGCUUGUUGCAAUUAUCCUCGCUAUCGUCGCGUACAGAUGUGGUUGGCUAGCAAGGCGCAAGAGACAUGAGAAGGCCGCUGAAGGAACGCCCAGUCACUAUAGCGGAGCAGGACCAUACUCCCCCGGCGCAUCUCCUUGGCACGAAGGAAGUCAGUCUGGCGGACAUAGUCCCCGGUUCCCAUCUCCUGGCAUCGCACCUUAUUCCCCUUCGCAACAUCACUAUCACCCUACGUCACAGUCACCGCCACCAUCCGAUUCCUGGCACGGAGAUAGCAGACAUGUAUCCCAGAUGUCCGAACUAGGUGGUGGAUGGAAUCCAGCGUCCGGCGACCGGAAACAAGCCCAUUACGCGCCGUUAUUAUCACCACCAGCUAUGGAACUAGAAGGUCGCGACACGGAGCGUCGCAUAGUAGCCGAACUUCCCGCGGGAGCAGAAUCGAACCACCGGUGAUAAUGAAUUUCUUACGCGAGCAUAGGGUUAGAGUCGGAAUCGUGCUUC